UAAGAAAGAUGCUUUGAAAACAUUCAGUGUAAAGACAAGCGAGCGGCGCGCCACACGUGAAGAGAUUGCAGCGUUCGAAAUUUAAAGACGCGCGGGAAAAAUGUUAAGAACUUAUAUAUAUGAUUUGGUGUAAUGAAAUUAAUUUAAACAUAUUUAGUGUUGUUCUUAUAACUUUAUAGUACAUGUGGAUUUUUUUAAAGUAAUACUACGUUAGUGGGUGCGCCGAUAUGUGGCGGCCAGUACUAAUUACAACUCUAGUGAUAUCGAGUAUCUAUGCUCGUUCCAAUCAGGUCAGGGACGUAACCACGUCUUGCGACAAGAGCUAUAUUAGUAUUCAUCUUGAUAUGGAACAACCAUUCAAAGGACUCGUGUUCAGUAAGGAUUUCUCCAGGGAAUGUCGGGUACAAGGUCAAAUGCAUACGAAUGUAACUCUUCACUUGCCAUCAAAUGCGUGUGGUGUAAGAACAUCUACCCUGAACACAACGGUGGAGGAGCUAGAUGACAACGAAGAUCUCUACUACAGUGUAGAACUGAUCGUUCAAAUGGACAGGCAACUGCAACAGUCUUCGGAUCAGGAAAUAAUAAUCAGGUGUAAAUUGCAACCGCGUGCGGUACGAAUAAGCAGUUCCGCGCUGGAGGGCGUCAUUAAGUCCAGGUUGCGAGAAAUGACUGGACAAGAAGGAAAACGUGUAAGGACGGGCAGAAACCGUCAAGGCUGGGAGCACGCGGGCGAGCUGGAGCAGCGGCAGCGCGUGGCGGAGGCGGCGCGCGCGUGGAUGGAGCUCGCGCCCGCGCGCGUCGAGGUGGGGCAGCCCACGCGCCUGCUCGUGCAGUGCACGCUGCCAGUUGGAGUCGGUCUUCGUGUAACCAACUGCGUAGCUCACGAUGGUUUAGGUGAAGCGUCGCAGAAACUCUUGGACGAAGCCGGCUGUCCCAUAGACGAGGCCAUAUUCAACAAACCCACUCUGCACCGACACAGGCAGAAGGGCGAGAUCGAUUCGUCAGACUUGGAGCCGGUUAACGAAAUAAAUUUACAAAGUGACAGAUCCGAUCCCGAUGACGUCAUUCGAAAUAUGAUGACGUAUCAACACGCUGUGACAACAUUCGCUGCCUUCAAGUUUCCAGAUAGAGCAAAGUUGCACCUCUCGUGUGGGAUAGAAUUGUGUAAAGGGGUUUGUCCGCACGUCGACUGCAAGUCUCUGCAGAAGCCGCACCAAACGAAAGAUGGUUUAGUUCGAAAGGCUCGAUUGGACAAAGAAGCGAGAGGAGUUGUGAUAGACAGGCUGGAAGUGUAUAACAGUAUCGAAGUUCUCGCACCGAAUAUUGAGUUAGAGGAUGAAGCUUCCAUUAGAGGUUCUAGAAGAGUAGAAGGUGAAGAAGACUUUGUUCGAGGCUUCUCUCCAGGCGACAAAACAAUUUGUCUUUCACCGGGGAAAAUGGCCCUUGCAUUCUGUAUUCUAGGAGUCAUAUUCCUUUGCGCUAUUGCAAUCGCGUUUGCGUCACUAGUGCGAGCGAGACGGAGAGUUACACGUGAACCAAUUCAUACAUCUCUUUCAUUCUACACUGGUAGCAAGAGUAUUUUCUCUUCUAGCGGCAGCAGCAGUUCAGGAUUGAGUGGAAGCAAACUUCUUCUAACUGAUAGUCCAUACUUAGAUCAUCAUUCAUCGUCUAGUAACAACUGGCCUUACAACAGUGCGUUCUAAGCAUUAUUUUUUUAUUUUGGAAAAAGAAU